AUGACGGUUAAUGUAACAGCAACAUCAACGUCAAUUCUUAUUGGAUUUUUGGAAAUAUUAACACAUGAAAAUGAAUUCAGUUCACAGUUAAUGGAACUGGCCAAAUGGAUUAAGGAAGAUCGUUAUUAUCAAACAAUUAUCUAUAUGAGACAUGAUGACAAACAGGGAGAAGAUUACGAAGAAGCCUACAAUACCGAUAAGAUAUUGAAAUAUCUAAUGUGUGAAAGUAAUACUGCCAUCAUGAAUCUAAAGGGGAAUACUUCAUAUUAUUUAUGGUAUAAAUAUAAUCGUCGUAUUAUGGCUAUAGUACAUUUGAAUGGCAAUGAAUAUGAGGACCAAGAACUACUGAUAACGUUAUGGAGGACACUAAAACGUAAUUUACUCACCAGAUUUAUAUUAUUGGUAAAAAAGUUAAGUGAUUGGAAAUACAUUGAAAAAAUUUUAAAAUUUUGUUAUGAAAACAAAGUUAUCAAUGUCAUGGUUAUCAACAUAUCUCUGCAGAAAAGCAAUGUACUUUAUACUAUGGAAGCCUUUCCGGAAUUCAAACUAAAGUACGAAAAAAUAAAGAAAAGAAAUACAACGGUUUUAUUUAUUGAUCAAGUAAAAAAUAUGCAAGGCGCUGUCAUAACUUUGGUAAUGAAUAAAGCCAGCUCCAGAUGUUACGUACUGAGAGUGGAAAAUGGAACAUUUAUUUUAGGUGGUUUUGUGGGACAUUUCUUUAACGAGUUUGCACGUAAGCACAAUGCUACCUUAACUUUUCCUAAUUAUCAUAAUUUGAAUAAGGAAAUGUUUCUUAGUGCAUUGGAUGCAUUGGUAGAAAAUGGUACAUAUGAUGGCUCAACAGAACUUACAAUGAACCUAUACAACACUGAUUUGACCUACACAAAGAUCUACGACUAUAUGGAUUGGUGCCUUAUGGUACCGCUAGAGAAAUCAGUGCCAGCUUACAGAUUUUAUAUAAUGGUAUUUGAUACGGCCAGCAUGAUUAUGAUUGUAGUUUCAUUCUUAGCAUUUUCCUUAAUAUUGGCUGUCACCUAUAUUGUUAGGCAAGAACGAGUUAUUUUCCAUAAAUUAUUAUUUAAUAUUUAUGUACUCAAUGGACUUUUGGGUCAAGCAUUUAAAGGUGAACGUUCUUUCUCCAGUAUACGCAGUUUACUUUUUAUGCUAAUUUGCUUAUCCGGCUUGGUGUUCAAUACCACAUAUGUCACCUAUUUGCAAACAUUCAAUGCUAGACCACCCAAGAAACAUGUUAUAAAUUCUCUGGAUGAUAUUAAAAAAUCAGGUAUGCGUAUAGCUUUAUAUAAAGAAGAAUAUUCUUUACUUAAAGCUUAUGCUACAGGUGGUGGACUUAUUAACCAUUUAAAAGUUAUUCCAUCCUAUGCAGAAUAUCAUGCUUUACGUGAUAAUUUUGAUAGCCGUUUCAUAUAUCCAGUUCCUUCGGCUCAAUGGGCCGUGUAUGAACAACAGCAGAAAUUCUUUUCCAAACCUCGUUAUCGUUUAACAGAUAUUUGCAUUUUAAAAAUGUUUGGCAUGCAACUGCCCCUACAACCUAAUUCGCCCUAUGGGGAGGCUAUGAAUACACUCAUCGGUCAAGUCAAUCAGGCUGGACUGGUAGCGUAUUGGAAAUCAUUAGCAUUUUUGGAAUUUAUUCAAUUAAAGAGAAUCAGUUUGGAGGAUAAGAGCAGCAUAUCAACAUUUGAACCCAUGAAAUUGGAAGAUAUGAAAUUAUUAAUAAGUUUACUGGCCACAUCGUGGCAGAUUGUUAAAGAAGUUUAUUCGUUUAAUAAAAAGAAUGUGUUAACGUUAUGA